AUGGCGGAAGAAAAACAAAACGUCACCAUUACCUGCACUGCUAGCGGUCAGCCGCAACCGAGAGUCACGUGGUUCAAGCCAUUCGGAAGUUUGCCUAAAGACAGAAUUGAGGUGGUUAAUGGCACUCUGAAAAUUUACAAUGUGGCAAAAACAGACGGUGGAAUAUACCUAUGCAACGCAAAGAAUAUUAUGGGAUCGGAAACAAGUACAGCACAACUCACAAUAUUCUCUCCACUGCGGUUUAAAGUUUACCCCCCUCAAGAAGUGACUCCUGCUCAGUUUGGUUCAACUGUCUAUCUGCCUUGCGUGGUCAAGAGCGAUUUGAGAACUACAAUAACUUGGACAAAGAAGGAAAGCUCCUCUCUUCCUCAGAACACUGAUGUUUUGCUGAAUGGUACAUUGGUUUUGCGGAACAUCAAGAAAUCACACGAGGGCUCUUACACCUGUAGGGCGACUAACGCCCUGACGACAAUAGAAGCUGAUGUAAAAAUCAAUGCACCAGUUGCAGCCCUUUCCUGUUCGAUGAUAAAGAAAUACAUCAGCAGUAAAAGUGGUAAUUACGUCAUAGAUCCAGAUGGUGAAGGAGGUCUGGCACCUUUUACAGCUUUCUGUGACAUGACUGACAAGAGUGGAGUUGGCGUGACGGUGAUCAGUCACGACAGUGAAAGCAGAACAUAUGUGCAUCAGGUCAGUGGUUAUGGCGCUCAAGGUAGUUACUCGCGUGACAUUCAUUACACAGGAGCGAGUCUCUCUCAGCUGGCAAGUCUCACCAGAGUCUCUUUACAAUGUGAACAGUUUAUCAAAUAUGAGUGUUAUCAUUCGGUGUUGCUCUACAACGGCAAUCUAUAUGGAUGGUGGGUGUCACGUGACUCUCAAAAGAUGAGGUACUGGGGCGGAGCAUCUGCCAAUGAUAAAUGCGCAUGCGGAAUGACCAACUCAUGUUCAAACCCCAGCAAUGGUUGUAACUGUGAUAAAAACGACUAUGUGUGGCGUGAAGACAGCGGUCUCCUCACUGAUAAGACCAAGCUUCCAGUUAAACAACUUAGGUUUGGAGAUAUUGGUGAUAGUUCCUCGGAGUAUGGCUACCACACUCUGGGAAAGUUUAAGUGCUAUGGCAUAGUUUAGAGGCAAACUUCAUAAUUUCAUAAACUUGCCAUUGCUUCGUUAACUACUCGUACAACCAGGUUUUUAAUAUAUAGCGUCAGUGUCACGGCCAGCCUGUUAACGCGACCAGCCAUUGUCAUCACGACCACUGAUUGUCAUCCAGCAUUAGACAUACCAUUAGAAACACGAGUGAUGACGAGAAAAUACAAAAAAUAAAAGAGGUUACAGGGAAGAUUGGGUGGAAGCAUUUCUGUGAAUUGUUUAUCUUGAGAUUUGCCAGUCCCUCUCACAAUUUUUCCGAUCCGUCCGUGAAAAGAUACGUUCAUGCCAUUGUAAUAAUUUUCUAUAACCAGGUGCUGCGUGAAUUCGUAUACACCAAGUUUGUACGACUCGUCGAGGGAGUGGGGGGGUCGAUCGUAUUAUUUAAAAGAGUUUUUAGUUUGCAAUGCUGGAAAUGGGCUACAAAAAUAGAAGACCCACGGUAUUCAAUCAUAAUGGCUACAAAAAUAAAUAGUCACUAAACUGCUUUUCACUCCUUUUCAAAAAAACCCUAAGACAUCUGGGAAAUUCUGUGUCCAGUAGGGAAUUUGCAUUUAAGUUCAAUAUUCCCCUGAUAUUCGGCACAAUGGCAAUUCUACAAACACCAACUUCCUUUAAAUGUGUAAAAAAGUUGCCUUAGCUAUCUUUUGAAAAGGCUCUGAUGGGUGCGGAGAUUCCGCGUAUAUGAAACAUGAGUGCAUACGUAAAACAUAGUUGCUGGCUGAGAUUGCUUAGGAUAUUUUUGCUUUUCGCAACAGCUCGUAUAAAACGGUACGAACUGUUCUCCAGUGAACUGUUUGUGAAACUCGCGGGUGAAACUCAAUAACUCUUUCAGGUAACGUGCUCACCCUUUUGCUUCCCGGAACCAGCAACAUCUCAGUUUUCUAUGUAAACAUUGUUACUUCCCCUCCGAUACUGAAGCGCCAAUGACAUCACUUAAGAUUAAGGAGUAGUAUUUACUUCCUGUAACGAUGAAUCGCUUUUUUUUCACUUCUUAUAUUUUUAAAACGAGUUAUGUGAUGACGACUGUCACUAGUCACUGAUUUUUUUUUUUUUNAUAGUUGCUGGCUGAGAUUGCUUAGGAUAUUUUUGCUUUUCGCAACAGCUCGUAUAAAACGGUACGAACUGUUCUCCAGUGAACUGUUUGUGAAACUCGCGGGUGAAACUCAAUAACUCUUUCAGGUAACGUGCUCACCCUUUUGCUUCCCGGAACCAGCAACAUCUCAGUUUUCUAUGUAAACAUUGUUACUUCCCCUCCGAUACUGAAGCGCCAAUGACAUCACUUAAGAUUAAGGAGUAGUAUUUACUUCCUGUAACGAUGAAUCGCUUUUUUUUCACUUCUUAUAUUUUUAAAACGAGUUAUGUGAUGACGACUGUCACUAGUCACUUAUUUUUUUUUUUUUUGGUAUUACUAAGUAUUCACCCUCACGCACGUACUCUGUGUGCCACUGCGCUUAAGAUUCAAAAUUUGAGGGAAUUCGUUCCUACGAUUGGAGUUAAGCGAUGAAAGCACAAAGCAAAGAAGAGAAAAAGACAAACAGAAAAACAAAAUUCAACAGCUUCUGUUGCACUUCAGGCUUGCUGUUGUCUGUUGUGUGUUGUAUCGCAUUAAUUCACGUGGAACUCAGAAUUCAAGAACAUCAUCGAGUGAUAUCACAGUCAGCAACAUUGUGUGGCCAGAUGGAGAAGGAAAUCCUUCAGAAGGUACAACAGAAUUACGAAAGAUGGCAAACAGGAACUCAGAAGGUACUUGGCACAAGGCACAAGGUAAUGUGAUCAGUCACAGUUUCGAACUCCGGGGGGAGGACUCCCUUAUCUAGACUACCGUACUGAACGCGCUGUGGGAUAGAUCUUGAAUGGGGGAUAUUUUUCAUCUGUAUUGCACGUGUUUUUUAGUUGGGUGCCAAAAAAUGAAAUAUGUAAAAGCUGAACUUCCAAUUAAAAAAAGUUUUAAUGUACGGCACAAUAACCUAUUCUAAAUUGACGGAAGCUUCCCCAUCCUCUCUUGUCUUCUCAAUUUACCCAUCCGAUCAGGGAUCGAACUAACCAAUAGAUAAGUUAACAGUGUCUCAAUAUGACUGGUAUCGCAUGUGGCAGUACAGCUCAUAAACACAAAACAUUGUAUAUUUCAUUAACAUAGUUGGAAACAAUCGUGGAAAGAUCCAUCGUUUCUCCUUAACUAAUGGCUGUUUGCCAAAGUUGGGUUAACCUUUUAUCCUCCUUGAGAGGCAUAUUAGUUGAUACCACGCCAAGAUUAAGAUGAUUUUUGGGUUAUUAAAUAUGGCGUUCUGAUUGUGAAUGACGUUAGAGCCAGAGACGAAGGAUUUUACAGCUGCAGGGCUGAAAAUUUGCUGGGAAGCGUCAACGCUAUAGCGAAGCUAACUGUUCAGUGUAAGUUUUGUUUAUUUUAAAUCAAGUUUUUAUGUUCUCCUUAGUUUCUAGAUGUUGAUAAAUUCUUUUAGGUACGCCUCACUUACUAACGGAAAAACAGGAAAAUCGUAUUCCGCAGGGGCCGCUUGGUGAUAGCGUGAUUCAGUAUUACCGCUAGACGCCUGAUCAUCUCGACGCCGAGUCUUGGUUCUUUUUUGUGUUGCAUGCGUAUUACUCAAUAACGAACGCUUCGGAAUGCCGUACAUAAAAACGCACUAUGGAUUAAAAGGGCAAUUAGCGAGCAUACCAUUUAAGGGGGAGUGCUUAGCUUGAAGACCCAAUUGCAUCGAACUGUAGUAUACCGUGGGUUAAAGACCAGCAGUGUCAGAGCAGCGUCAUACCAAAUCUUGAGAUCACAUAUUUAAUACCGCAUGUCUAUUGAAAUGUAAACAGAUUUUUAUGUUUCCUUUUAGAUGCUCCCCAAAAACUUUCCUGUCGUCCAAGAGAUUAAUGGCGGAAGAGAAACAAAACGUCGCCAUCGCCCACACUACUAGCGGUCAGCCGUAA